CACUGCACCGCACUGCACCGCCCAGCACCGCGCGGCUCGGCUCCGCUCGGCACAGCGCAGUGAGCCAACAUGCCAGUGUCAAGAAUGCGCAUGAGGCCCUGGUUGGAAAUGCAGAUUAAUUCCAAUCAAAUACCGGGACUGAUAUGGAUUAACAAGGACAAGAGGAUAUUUCAGAUCCCAUGGAAACACGCAGCCAAGCACGGCUGGGACAUGGAGAAGGAUGCCUACCUUUUCCGGAGCUGGGCCAUUCACACAGGAAGAUAUAAGGAAGGUGAGAAAGAUCCUGAUCCAAAAACCUGGAAGGCAAACUUCCGCUGUGCCAUGAAUUCCCUGCCUGACAUCGAGGAGGUGAAGGAUAAAAGCAUCAACAAAGGCUCCAGUGCCGUCAGGGUUUACAGGAUGCUGCCACCCCUGACAAAGCACCAGAAGAAAGAAAGGAAGUCAAAGUCUUCAAGAGAAGUAAGAAACAGGAGCAAGAGAAAGUUCUGUGAAGAGGCGAGGCUGGAGGAGUCAGCAGAAGGGUUCACCAACACCCCCCUGCCAGAUGACCACAGCAGCUACACCAUGCACGACUAUGGAGGGCAGGAAGUGGAGGUGGAGAGCACGUCCAUCCCCUUAGACCUGCCCUCCUGCGAGGUGAGCGGCUCCCUGGGCGACUGGAGGCCGGCCCUGGAUGUGCCCGUGGCUGACAGCACCAAUGACCUCUACCAGCUGCAGGUGUCCCCGCUGGCCUCGUCCUCCGAAGUCACAGAUGAAGAUGAAGAGGAAAUAAACCCAGAUAUUUUUAAGCUGCUUGCACCAACCCAGGACUGGCACAGCACCAGCAUUGGUGGGAAGGGCUUUCUCACCAACGAGCUGGGCACCCAGAGCAUGUGCAGCACCUACAGCUACAAGGAGCAGGACGGGGAGAUCGACACGACCUCAGGAGAGGCAGAUUUCAGGUUCCUUGACCAGAAAGGCAGCCUAGACUUCUCCUGGCUGGAUACAGUGAGACCUGUCAUUCCCUGUGGCUUGUAAAGCCCUGGAUGCUCCGACCACAAACUGCUCCUGGGUGGAAACCUGGGAGACGUGGAGAGAACGUUAGAAAUGUUUUGUUACUGACUGGAUGAAGAAAGUAGCUUUUUUAUUCCGUUUUAGCUUAGGCCUGGAAAGGUUGUCCUGAACAGCUCCAUUAUCAAUCAGACAGAGGAACCCCACCUCACCAGCAGGACUCUGGCACCCCGGAUGCCCCUGCUCGCCCCAGAGGGGGAGGGAGGGGUCAGUGUGCCAGGAGUCCCACCUGGUGGGUACCACAGGCCUGGGGAGCAGGUUACCAUCCUCCUCACGGGAGAUGUGAUGAGCACUUUACCCACAGAGUGCUUAGGGGACACACUGCAGACCAGUCUCUUACCUGUUAGUUUGGUUGCUGCUUACCUGUGCAACACUGGUGACACUGAGCUUAACGACCCUCAUUACACUUGGUCAGAAAAAUUGCACUAAUGGGCCCUCUCUUCUUUGAUUUACUCCAUCACAUAGUACAUCUUUCAGAUCUUUCAAACUCUGUACAUAGUUUAGACCAAUAAAAUGUGAAAAUUCAGUUUAGGUUUUGCUUCCAGCUAGUCUGUUCCCCAGUGCACUCACGGGAUGCCCUCUGCUGUAGCCAUGCCCCAAGCAUUUCCAGGGGGGAGUUGAAGAGCUGCUGCACAAGACAAUUUUGCACUGAGAGGGGCAGAGCUCUUUAUUUUUAUCAUGCCUUCCCCAGAUCCCUCCUGGCACUCUACAGGGAUCCCCCCAGCGCUGCACACAAGCCAUAACAUCCUGCAGACCCCCUGGAGCAGCCUGUGCAGGGAAGUGCUGAUGGAUGAGGCUCUGGUUUGUGUGUAAAACGCAGGAAUCAAAUCACUAAGCUGUAACAGACUAUUUUCUUGUACAUUUUAUUUUUGUAUAUAAAGUGUUGUAUAUUUGUUUUAAUAAAAUG